AUGGCUUCGGACAUCCCGAAGGUGGUACCUCUAACCUGUCACGGACAUUCUCGUCCUGUGCCACACAUCAACUUCUCUUCCACCGUUGAAGAUGAUCAAUACUACCUUAUUUCAGCUUGCAAGGACAACAACCCUAUGCUCCGGGAUGGCAUUACUGGUGAUUGGAUCGGUACCUUCUUCGGCCACAAAGGAGCCGUCUGGCAAGCUCGACUCUCCGUGGACGCCAACAUAGCAGCUACCGCAGCAGCAGAUUUCUCAGCCAAGGUCUGGGACACCCACACCGGCGAAUCUCUCCACACCCUGCAGCACGCCCACAUAUGCCGCGCAGUGGCAUUCCCCAUCCAACCAAACCCUCAAGUCCUAGCCACGGGAGGCGUGGAAAAGAAACUCCGCAUCUUCGACCUCACCCGCGGCGGCGACAACAGCACCUCCUCCUCCCCCACAGGAACCCAACCCAACACCGACCCAACAAGCUACGAAAUCGGCCCGGGCGUCCACGGUGGCACCAUCAAAUCCAUUAUCUGGAACAAAGACUACAAUAUCCUCACCACCGCCGCCGAAGACCGCAAAAUCCGCUGGUGGGACCUCCGCUCCCGACAUCCUGUCCUCGAAUACACCGUCGACGGACCAAUCGGUAGCUGUGAGCUCAACAGUCUCGCCUUUCGCCCCAACGACCCUGGUAUUCUCUCCGUGGCCGCCGGCAAAUCCGUAUACCUGUUCGACGGCAUGAGCCCGGGCCAAAUGCUGAAGAAAAUCGAUUUCUCAUACGACGUGGCAAGCGUGGCUGUGAACAGCGAGUCCGGAAAAUUGGUCACGGGUAGUGCGGAGGAUACAUGGGCGCGUGUUUACGAUUUGCAUACGGGACAGGAGUUGGAGGUUCAGAAGGGGCAUCACGGGCCAAUUUGGUCUGUUAGUUUCUCGCCGGAUGGGAAGCUGUAUGGGACUGGGAGUGAGGAUGGGACUAUCAAGUUGUGGAAGGCUUGUCGGGAGUCUUAUGGGUUGUGGCGGUAG